AUGCCUAAAUGUUCUUUUGAUGGCAAAGAUUAUGUCUGCAAAACGUGCCAUGCUAAACUACUUAAAGGUCAACAGCCUUGUCAAGCUGUGGUAAAUAAUUUAUUUGUUGAUGAAACUCCCACUGCACUUGCUCCAUUAGAGAAACUUGAACAAAUUCUUAUUGCACAAAGAAUAGUCUUUGAAAAAAUUGUAGUAAUGCCAAAAGGACAACAAAGAAAGAUCAAAGGUGUAAUGUACCAGUUGAAUGUAGUCAAACAUGCAAUGUUCUUCCCAGCCCACCUGACAGAUCUGGAAUAAUUUUACUUAAAUUAAAAAGGAAACUUCAAUUUAGAGGUCAUGUUUACUUUCGCCCUCAGUUUGUAAUUAAUGCAUUAAACUGGCUUAUAGCAAACAACCCUUUAUAUAGAAACAUUGAAAUUCAAUGUGACAAUAUUAGCUCAGACUUAACUAAUUUGAACUGUCCUGAUACUGAUCAAGAAAAUAUAGAUGAGCCAUUGCAAUUGCAAAGUAAUGUAAAUAGAGAACUGUGUAAUGAAGAUGUUGAAGAAUAAGAUGUUGAAGAAUAAGAUGAUCCAUUAAAUGAACACCGUUCAGCAGCAAGCGAAACCUGUCUUCAGUCCAUCUUGCCAAACUAUCCUGUUAACCUGGACAAUACAAACUGUAAUUCAACAGGUAGAGAAGUUUUCAACAUUGCACCAGGUGAAGGUAAACAUCCAGUAUCAUUGAUGACUGAUAAGCUUUGUGAGGAACUCUCAUUUCCAGUACUCUUUCCAAAGGGACAAUCCGGUUAUACCUAUGAACGAGACAUCAAAUUAUCUCCAAUAAAAUAUUUCAAUGCUCGCCUCUUGCAUUAUAGUGGAAAAUUUGCAACCAAUCCAGAGUAUCUAUUCUUUGCACAAUUCAUUAUGGAACAGAAAAAGAUUUCUGAUAGUAUUAAUAUAGCUCUUAAAAAAGUAUGUGGCCAGUUAGUCACAGCAUCGCAUCGCAGGUAAAGUCAAACAGUCAAGCUUUUCAAAAUCUUCUUUUGCAAGAUCAAGCAUAUUUGUUUUUACGACAAAUUCCUGGCUCACCUCCUUACUGGCAAAAAUUCAUGUAUGAAGUGGUAGCAAUGAUUAAACAGCUGGGAAUACCAACAUGGUUCAUGACCUUAUCGUGUGCAGAUUUAAGAUGGCCUGAGCUAUUUCAGAUAAUUGCAAGAAUAAAACGCAACAACAUAACAACUGAAGAAGUAGAGGCCCUGUCGUAUCAUGCGUGAUGCUCAAUGUUAAAUUUAAAUCCAGUUAUUGUAGCUAAACAUUUCCAGUAUCGAGUCGAAACAUUUUUCAGGGAUGUUUUGCUCACAAAUGCAAACCCAAUUGGUAAGAUAGUAUAUUAUGCACUCCGUAUCGAAUUUCAAAUGAGAGGUUCACCACAUUUGCAUGCCUUAAUAUGGACAUCUGAUUGCCCAGAAUUAACGAACGAUACAAAAGAUGCAUACAUAUAUUACAUUGACCAACAUGUACAAGCAUACCUCCCAGACAGAGAAACAAAUCCUGAACUUUAUGACUUGGUAAAAACGUACCAGACACAUAAUCACAGUAAAACCUGUAGAAAGUAUAAGAAUGUUACAUGUAGAUUUAUAACUUUGGACAGUUUUUUACUGACAGAACAAUUGUUGCUGAACCUUUCGCUGAUGAUAUUGAUGAUGAGAUUAAAUCAAAUAUUCUAACCAGACGAAAGGAAAUUUUGUCUAAAGUUAAACAAAGAAUUGAUGAUGUGCUAAACCCAAGCAAACCUUACUUAUGA